AUGUCGGACCCUCUGAAGCUGCUGAUGAGUAACAGCAGCUCUGCGCUGACAGGGGGCGCUGUGGCGGAGACCAAAGACAGCUUCUCUAACGCUCUCACCAAGAACAUAGUGGCCAUGCUGGUGUGGCUGGUCCUCAGCGUCCUCAACGGCAGCAUGGUGCACAUCUUCCUGCGAAACAGUCUCUUCUAUGAGAACCCGCGCUACAUCAUGUUCAUCUCCAUGGUGAUCAACGACGCUCUGCAGCUCAGCCUCGUCACGGCUCUCUACGUGGUCAGCUACAUCUUCAGGAAGAUCCAAGCCUCCGUCUGCUGCUGUCUGAUCAUGACUGCGGUCUUCACCACCCGCUCCACCCCUCUCAUCCUGGCCGGCAUGGCGGUGGAACGCUACAUCUCCAUCUGCUUACCUUUGCACUACAUCCAGUUGUGCACCAUCCCUCGCACCCUCCUCCUCAUCGGCGUUAUCUUCCUCCUCACCGCCGCCCCCCCCGUCACCGACCUCCUCAUCACCCUCGUCUACCAGCCUCCGAGUUUCUUCCACACCUCCAUUUUCUGCGACCACCCACUUCUCUUCCACCAUCAGUCCAUCUACUACAAGAACUGUGUGUUCGACGGGGUGUACCUGUCCUUCGUAGCUCUGACGCUGCUCUACACCUACUGUAAAAUCAUGCUGGCGGCGCAGGCCGCCUCUUCGGGCCUGGCAUCGGUGAAGAGAGCCAGGAACACCGUGCUGCUCCAUGGGCUGCAGCUGCUGCUGUGCUUGCUUGCCUUCGUGGUUCCUUCCCUUCAGGCGGCCCUCAUCUCCCUCUUCCCAAGCUUCAGUCUAGAGAUCCGUUACAUCUUCUUCCUGGUCGUGUACAUCAUCCCCCGCUUCAUGAGCCCGGUCAUCUAUGGUUUUCGGGAUGAGCAGUUCAGGAAGUACUGGACCCGGUACCUGGCUUGUCGGGGCACAAGUAUGGUCAGGGUCAGACCGGCGUUACUGGCAUUGAACCUGAAUGCCAAAUAA